CAUCAGCUGCCCCAAUAGCUGGGACUACAGGUGUGUGCCGCCACACUGGGACUAAUCUGUAAUUUUUCUGUUUGUCCCUAAAUUGCCCACGUUAUCUCUUUUGUAACGAAAAGGAAAGAAAACGUGAUUUACAUAUACAAGUGAGCAGUGUGAACCUUCCUGGGAGAGAAUCUCCUUGGGUGUCUGUUGUCUUGGUUUGUUUGGGUAAAAUACCAUAAGCUGGGUGGCUUAUAAAUGACAGAGAUUUGUUUCUUGCAGUUCUGGAGGGUGGAAUUCCCGGAUCGGGGCGACAGCAGAUCUGGUGUCUGGCGAGGGCUCUCUCGUUCACACACGGCGCAUUCUCACUGUGUCCUCACCUGGAGGAAGGGGCAGCCAGGACACUAAGCCCAUCUUGAGGCACCACCCCUUGAUGCCUCACAAAGGCCCCACCUCCUAAUACCCCUGUCUUGAGGGUGAGGAUGUCAGUGUGAUUUCGGGGGGACACACAUUCUGGCCGUGCAGCUGCCUGUGCGCUGUGCUGAGUUAUUUCCCCAACUGUCAGUGUCCGGCCCUGUGCUCAGCCAGCAUGGAGCUCUCAGGAAACGGGACAGAGCCGUGAAGGAACAGGCCAUGAGAGGCCCUUGGCAGUCCUUUCCCAACCCCAACUCAUGGCGUGGUGGUGACGAGGGUCAGAUAGGAGGCCCUGGGUGGAGGCAGUACUUUCCGCCUGGCUGGGGCUGCGCCUGUCUCUGUGGGGUGGGGGCCCUGCUGUGCCUUUUGGGGUCUCCUGUCCUGGCAACUUCCAUUCGUGUCCCUGUGUCUGGAUGCCAUGGGGAAAUGGGCCAGAGAGGAGUGGACAGCAGGUGGCCCAGCUCCAGCAUUCCCUGGGUGGGGUGCUUAGGCCGCCUCGGCCUGCAGUGUUUUCUACGCGGGUUCCUUCUUUGUGUUCUCUCACUUCUUGCUUUUUUAUGUGCUGAUGUCAACUGAGUUGGUUGGGGCCUCUUUCAGCGUAAAAUAAGGUGGAGCCUGAGGGUGGCUGGCCGGGGAGCAUUCUGGAAGGAUGUUUCCAUUUUCUUUCCUUCCUGGGCCACAGUGGCUGCCGCAGCCUGUGUCUUGAGGGUCCUUACUGGAGGCCUGUCUGGCCCAGGCCCUGCUGUGGUGGAAUGUCUCCUCCACUUUCCUGUGCCUGGGGGGGGGAGGGAUGAGCUCAUGGUGUUUUCAUGUCACGUGGACAGUACUAGGGGGGGUCCCAAGACCACCCGCAGGUUUGGUGACUCAGGGAGGGCUCUCAUCGUUUGCACAGUUGAGGCCAGAGCCUGUCCUGUUAGUGAGGCAGGGCAGUCCCUGUGCCCAGCUCCUCAGAUGGGGACGCAGCCCUGCAAGCUCUUCUCUUUCAGUGGGGUGUGGUGUGGCUGUGUGACCAUGUGGCUGUCCCAGCCCUGGCCAUGGCCCAGGUUCCACCUUGUUGGGGUCAGGCCAAGACAGGCUGAUAGGGAGUGUCUGGCCAGCUGAGUGGUGGCUUUCGCGCAGCACGGAGGGGGCUGGAAGUGCCGUGCUUCAGGGUCCCUGUCUGAGGCCUCCUGCAAGGCUGCCUGUCCCCACAAGCUUGCCAUCCCAGGCGCCUCCCUCUCUGCCCCUGUACUCUGUCCACUGAGGGUAGGCUCUCCUGGGGGCCCAGGGACCCACCAGCCCUGCCCUUACCAGCAGAGUGAUCACAGGACGUCACUUUCCUCUUCUGUGGGAUGGGGAUGGUAACCGUGCUGGUGACACCUGGCCUUGAAGUCUCAGGAGUAGGUGCUCGGCACAGAGCUCCGCAGGCAGGGUGCAUCAGCAGUGGGUGGUGUUCCCAGGCUAGCCCACUGGGGUGCUCCCUCAGCUCCUAGCGGCUGCCCUCAGGCCUGGGCCCACAUCCCAGCAGCCCUGUUUCCACCAAGCCCUCUGCUGUGACUGAGGAGGUGGGGACCCUUGGGGAGGACGGGCUGUGGGCCAGGCUUUCGCUGUGUGGCCUUCUGUGCAGUCUUUGCAGGCCAGGCUGGGGAGCCUUUCACAGAAGCAACCUGGGAUGGAUGUUCAGCAUUAAUGCUGGUCUGCAUGCUGUCCUGGCAAGUAGCCCCUUGUCCCCCAAACCUUGUAUGUGUGUUUUCUGGUUGCCACAUAGCAAACUAUCCCAAAUCUAGCUGAGAGCCAGGGAACCCUGCCUGUCAGCUCGUGGCUCUGUAGGUCAGGCCAGAAUGUAGUGUGGCUGGGUCCUCUGGGAGCCAGGAGUGGGCCCAGGCUGCAUUCUUAUCCAGAGCCCGACUAGGGAGGGAUCCGCUUCUCACUCAUGCGGGCUGUGGGCAGAAUGCAGUUCCCCGCUGCCAUGAGACUGAGGUCCCUGGAGCCUUCGUGGCCGUGGUCCCCUCUCAGUUCCUUGCCAUGUGGCCAUUUCAUCUUGAAACCAGACACAGCGUGUCUGCAUCUCGUGCUUCCAAUCUCUGACUCCACUCCAGAGGUGCAUAUCAGUGGUUGCCUGGGGCUGAGGUGUGUGGGGGUGGUGACACAAGUCUCAUCUUGGGGGUGAUGAAGAUGUUCUGGAAUUUGAUGUUGGUCACCACAGCUUCAAGCUUACUAAGAGCUACUGAACUGCACAGUAAAAAAUGACAUAUCUUACGGUGAAUUACAUCUCCAUUUUAAAAACCAAUGACAGUUUAAACUCCAUGCAGCCCAGGAGCUAGCAGGACGAGAGAGAGUGGCCAGUGAUGCAGUUCACCUGGGCUGGAGCUCGCACAAGCCCCAGAUGCAGCGUGCUCAGCUUCGGGGAGCCACGUUCCAUUGGGACAGACCCGGCCUCCUGCCACUGACAGAUGGUGCUGUGCUCCGAUCUCUCUCCCACAGUCAGCCCACCAAGGAUGGAGCCCGCCCGGGGCGUCGCAGAGCAGCAAGAGCACGAGAAGGCUGGGAGCCCAGAGCGUGAGCCAGCGCCGUGGCAAGUCCUCCCUGUCCUGUCGGAGCAGCAGUCGGGGGAUGUGGAGCUGGUGCUGGCCUAUGCCGCGCCUGUCCUGGACAAACGCGAGACUUCGCGCCUCCUCAAGGAGGUGUCGGCUGUUUACCCGCUUCCCGCCCAGCCUCACCUCAAGCGGGUGCGACCCAGCCGGGAUGCCAGCGGCCCCCACACACUGGAGAUGCUGCUGUGCCUGGCGGAUCCGGCCACAGGCACGCGCUCGCUGGCUGAGCUCCUCCCGUGGCCGGCUGUGGACCCCCGCGGCCUGGGGCAGCCCUUCCUGGUGCCUGUCCCUGCCCGGCCGCCUCUGACCAGGGGCCAGUUUGAGAAGGCUCGGGCCCACUGGCCCACGUCCUUCCAUGAGGACAAGCAGGUGACCAGUGCCCUGGCCGGAAGGCUCUUCUCAGCACAGGAGCGGGCCAUCAUGCAGAGCCACAUGGCGCGGGCUGUGCAGGCGGCGCAGCGGGCGGCUGUGCAGGGCCUGAGGGCCGUGGGGGCUGUGGUGGUGGACCCGGCCUCAGGCCGUGUGCUGGCCACGGGCCACGACUGCAGCCACGCGGCCAGCCCCCUGCUGCAUGCCGUCAUGGUGUGUGUGGACCUCGUGGCCCGAGGCCAGGGCCGGGGCACCUAUGACUUCAGGCCCUUCCCUGCCUGCUCCUUCACGCCAGCAGCUGCCUCGCAGGCUUUGCGGGUGGGCACUGUGCGCAAGCUGGAUGAGGAUGAGGACGAGGAUGGCCUCCCCUACGUGUGCACUGGCUACGACCUCUACGUCACCCGAGAGCCCUGUGCCAUGUGUGCCAUGGCCCUGGUGCACUCCCGCAUCCUGCGGGUCUUCUAUGGGGCGCCCUCACCCGACGGUGCCCUGGGCACCCGCUUCCGCAUCCACACGCAGCCUGACCUCAACCACCGCUUCCAGGUGUUCCGCGGCGUGCUGGAGGACCAGUGCCGCCAGCUGGACCCCGACACUUAGGCCAAUCAAUGCCUUCCUGCUUCUGGAACAUUCUCUCUGCUAGCCAUCAUCUAGGCCGCCAUGGGGCCCGUGCUCCUGUCUGUGGAUUGUAAGGACACUUGCCGCCUGCACUGUGCACAUCCUCCGGCCCUGUCCCGGAGAGUGCCUGGGCUCCUGCCUAUCUGGAAUGCGCGUUCCCUGCACUGACCAUGACGGGUCCGGCCCCUGAGCCCUCAGCUGCAGUUGUGUCUCCUUUGUGUCUUGUGUGAGCAAACAGCUCUGACCUGUGAAAAUAAACUACCAAAAACCAA